AUGGCAACCGGCUUAGAGGCCCUUGGCGCUGCCAGCGCCGUUGUUCAGGUGAUCGCUUUUGCUGGCAGCCUCGUCUCCCUCAGUUUCAAGAUUUACGAUGGCAUGCCUCCAAACGAGAACGAGCUUGAGGAGUACUCGGCCAAGAUGAUGGACGCGGCCCGGCGCGUUCAGUCUCGUGGCACACAAGUACCCCAAGGAACCCAGGUUGGCGACAAGCUAUCCAAGGUCUCGAAGGAGUGCAUCGAUGCAGCUACAGAGUUGAGGAAGGAGACUCAAAGGCUUACCAAGUGGUACCAAAAUUCUAAAGGCAAAAUGUUCAUAGCUGUCUAUUCUGCCUUUCGCGCGGACAGGCACAGAGCCAAGCUCAAUCAGUUGGAUAAGUCUUUGAAGAUGUGCAAAGAAGUGAUGGAAACGGAGCUUCUGUUGAAAAUAUGCGACCAGGAUACUGCAAUAGCACAACGACAGGGUCAAGGAUUCCAAAGCCUGGAAAUUGAUCUCCAGAACCUCAUUAUCAAGAUUGCAGAAGGCUACAACAGGGUAGAGCAACUGGUGUCCAUCGAAGCCCAAGCUACGCGCGAUGCCAUCAACACCCACCUCACCUCCGAGUUCAAGGCCUUGGCCAUUAAGAACAUUUCAGACAACCAGCGUCAACGACUCUUGAAGAGCCUGAAGUCAGAGGAAAUCAGAGAGAGAUAUAACGCCGUGCUACCGUCAUCUGAUGCUUGUUUUGAAAGGGUUUUCGCUGCAUAUGAACGCGUUUGUCGCAAGGACCCAGCAUACAAAGCCUGGAAAACCUACAAGCAAGAGAUUGAUGACGGAAGCGACGAUGCAAGUGAAAAUCCAAGAUUUGACGAGAAUGUUGAUGAAAUUGAUCAUAUAUGGGAAGGUUUCAGUACCUGGCUACAGUCAGAUCACAAAUUAUUCUGGAUUCGAGGAAAGCCAGGAUCAGGGAAGAGCACACUGAUCAAAUUCAUCAUCAACGAUGGUAGCACCAGAGAUAUGCUCAGUUCUUGGAACCCAAGGACUAGGCUAUUAUCCCAUUUCUUUUGGAAAAUUGGCAAUGAACCUCAAAACAGCAUCAAGGGCCUUCUAUGUUCCUUGCUUUACGACCUCAUAUCCGACGAUAAAGACGCCAUCGACCAAGUGUUGGCGGAUUUCGCAUUCUCACAAUCGAAGGACUUCUACAAGGAGUGGUCAUCCCAAGAGGUCGAGAUAGUUCUUCACUCUUUGUUUCGUGCUGGACUUCACCCUAUUUGCAUUUUUAUCGAUGGCCUUGAUGAAAUAUCGAAUAAGGACGGAUUCUCGGUGCUCCUGGAUACAAUUCAAAAGUUCACAACAUACCAGAAGGUCAAAGUGUGUGUGUCAAGUCGGCCUGAAACGAAAUUAGUGAACAGGCUUGAGAGUAUUGGAGCCCAAAGCUUACAACUAGAGAAUCUUACUAGGCCCGAGAUGGCUGUCUAUGUAUACCAAGAAUUUUGCAAAUUGCCACAAGAUCGGAGAGACGUUUUGCCACUCAGAGAGUUCACAGUUACCCUUUUGGCUAAAGCGCAAGGGGUUUUCCUCUGGCUUGCUCUUGCUACGAAAAGUGUCACCAGUGGAAUUAUGAAUGGCGAUAAUAAAGAAAUUCUUUCCCGAAGGCUUACAGAGCUCCCAGAUGAGCUUGAGUCUCUUUAUCAGACAAUGUGGGAGAGACUAAAUGGGAAAAGUCGAGUAUACCGCCAGACCGCUGCAAGAUACUUCCGCUUUGUCAUAGCCGACGGUUGGAAAACAGGACUAAGGGACAAGAACAGGCUCUUUCACUUCAUAUCAGAGCCCAAUCUGGCCCAACUAUCACUGGCAAUAAAGGUCGAAGACGGUUUAAUCUUCUCACCCAAAGCUAAUGAGAGGAAACUGUCUGAGCUGAAUGCUCUGUGCGAUGCGACAGAAAGCGAUAUCCAGACCAGAUGUGCUGGGAUGCUACAAGUUGGUGGACAGUCUGGUUUUACCGAAGACGAAGAGGAUCUCCCCAAAGCGAUCUAUCCACUCACACGGCCUGUCCAGUUCAUUCAUCGGACAGCUCACGACUUCCUGGUUGACACUGAAGCUGGUCAAUCAAUUGUAAAUUACAAGUCAAAUGAAACAACGUCAAUGGAUAUAGGCAUAAAGCUGCUCACAUGCCGGCUCAUUCUGGCGAAGACGUUCUAUGAGCUCGGAGUCGUAGCAGAUUGCUGUGAUGCGAUUCGUGACUGCAAUCGACUGAAUAACAGGGGAGCGAGUCCAGAUGCCAUAUUGGAGAUUCUUAAAGUAACUAAGGACCUUUAUGAAAAUGGUACUCUGGAUGAUCGCGGAGGGCCGGGGCAUCUUCAUCGAUCCUUUCCAUGUAUCGCAGCAUAUCAUCUUACCGGCUUCGAGGAUUUUAUUAUUUCAUGUUUUAUGCGGACUCCCUCACCGGAGCUUGCUACCAACGGCCUCCACGAACUGACACUUGAAAGUAGUUUCUCGAAAUGGUCCCCUACAUCAGUAAGGAUGAUCCAGAGGAUGAUUGAAUUCGGUGGAGAUGCGCAUGUCGCUAAAGGAUCCGAUCUAUCAUUUGAGCUGCCAGGAUACAAAAUGCCUGCAAGACAGCACACGACAGCUUUCGAGUCGCUUCUUUAUGGUGCAUUGAAACCUAGGCUGUUACUGGAUCGGGUUGUUAGCAGGCUAACCUCGUAUCUUGACGUGAUUGAAAUCCUGGUACAGACCUGUCCGGAUUUACAUAGAAGGGUCAUAUUAUUCCGUGGACAGCAUGGUAAUUUGCUGCCGUACCAAUUUAGUGAGGUACAAUUAUGGGUCGCGUUAGAGGUCGAUCUGCAGUUUCUGAUAUGCUGGCUACUGGCUGUAGCGAACUCAUGGAACAUUCCAACUGGGCUUAGUAGGACCCACGAACUUGUAGCUUCUUUCUCGAAGUCGCAUGUACGUAUUCGGCAUAUUGGGCCUUAUCGAAAGAAAGAUCAGCUCUAUUGCUAUCGAGUUCUUGACCAGGAACCAUUCCUGGAUAUCAUUCACAGUUUUGAGGCUGGAAAAUAUUUCCCUGAAACCAUUGGAGGUUUUCUGGAGGAUAUGUGUGGUCUUACGGAUGGCCGUUUCCUUUCAGCUUCUAGGGUUCCGUUAAAGAGUUUCAAAAGGGUGUCCUUUGCAGAAGAAAUAGAUAUGCUUAUACAAGAGGGUAUAGGGCUAUAUAGAGACUAA